AUGGGGCUCAUUGUCCGCGCUGUGGGGCUGCUUGCCCUCGCGAUCGCUCCGGUGCUCGGACUUUCGCAGUUCCCUCUGAGCAGUGAACAGUACGAUGCAGGCCUGUUCACCCCUUACGAGGACCUCCAUGCCCUAUCUGCGCUGGAAUACACAACCCUUCGACACCCUGGCUUCCCGGCUCACAGCGUGCGUAUCAAGGAGUCGCGCAUCUGCGACGGUGAAGUCCGUUCAUACUCGGGUUACAUUGACAUUGAAGCUCGCCACUUGUUCUUCAUGUUCUUCGAGAGUCGCAACGAUCCGGCGACGGACGACGUGAUGUUCUGGACCAAUGGUGGCCCUGGAGGUUCCUCCGCCUUGGGUCUGUACAUGGAACUUGGCCCGUGCCGCGUCACUGGCCCGAACUCUACUGAGCGUUUCGAGUACGCGUGGAACGACCGCGCGAACGUCUUCUUCAUCGACCAGCCCGUGGGUGUGGGCUUCUCAUAUGCCGACUUUGGCGAGCAAGUGAGCACCACCCCCGAGGCCGCGAAAGAUGUUGCUGCUUUCGUCGCCAUUUUCUUCGAACAUUUCUCGCAGUUUAAGGACCGGCCGUUUCACAUGGCAGGCGAGUCUUACGGGGGACGUUACAUCCCCCUGUUUGCAGCUGCCGUCUAUGAUCAGAACGCGAAGCUCGUCGAAGCCGGCAUGGCUCCCAUCAACUUGACGUCCGUCAUGAUUGGAAACGGCUGCACCGAUGAGCUCGGCAUGAUGGAGGCCUACUACGAUGCUCAAUGCGGGGACUAUGGAUUCCCGCGUGUCACAGAUAUUUCGGACUGCAUUCGCAUGAAACAGAUUGUCUCAAGAUGCAAGAAGCGGCUCCAAGAGUCUUGCAAGGAUAUCUAUGACGCCAUAAGCUCGACGUCAACGAAGCUGUUCAGUGCGGUGAAUCCUUACGAUGCUCUAAGACCCUGCAAGGAAGACGCGGACAUGCGGAAGUGCUACCCAGAAGUGGACUUCAUCGAGUCGUACUUGAACAUCCCGGCUGUCAAAGAAGCCAUUGGGGUUGACGUCCACCGCAACUACACCGCGAUAAACCUGGAGUUGAAUGCACGCUUCUUCAUGGCAGGGGACCACGUGAACUACGUCGCCGAAGACUACCUUGCGGCUCUCCUCGAGCGCGGGGUGCCUGCGCUCAUCUACGUCGGUGCGACCGACUGGAUCUGCAACUGGAUUGGAAUCGGACGCAUGACACUCGACUUGGAAUGGACCGGACAGGAAUCGUUCCGAAGCAGCCCUCUCCGGGAUUGGUUUGUUGACGACGAGGUGGCCGGUACGACGAGGAGCAAUGGCAAGCUGACGUUCGCCACCAUUGACGGCGCUGGGCACAUGGUUCCACUCGACCAACCGGAACGUGGACUCGCUUUGAUCAAUAGAUGGUUGGCUUCUCGGCCCCUCUGA